UAAAGACUGAAGAAGGAAACAUGAACUCGAAGAAGCUACAGAGAAGCUUUCAGAACCAGAUGGAGAAGGAGAAGCAGUCUCUGCGCAUCCUCAUGAUCUCCCUCCUUUUCCUUGUAGAUUCAAUCCUUUGUGAUUCAAAUGACAGACUAACUCCCGGCCGAUUCAUGCCUUCCAAUGGCACCUUGAUCUCAGACGGCGGCGCCUUCGUUCUGGGCUUCUUCUCCCCGAAGACGACCACCGGCAGCAGCGACCUCUAUCUUGGUGUCUGGUACAACCUCCCUCAGAGGACCAUCGUAUGGGUCGCCAACAGAGAGAAACCGAUAGGCGACCCGUCCGCGACUCUCCUCUUCUCCAACGACGGCGACCUGCUCCUCGUCGAUUCCGAAGGAAGCACCUCCUGGUCGUCGAAUUCGUCAGGGAAUGGAACAGUGGCGCUGCUGCUGAACACAGGAAAUCUGGUGAUCAGAGACCACGACAGCAAUUUCGUAUGGCAAAGCUUUGAUCAUCCGACAGACACCCUUAUGCCGGGCAUGGAUCUUCGGUUCAGGUUCAGAGAUCGCUCCACCACUCUAAUCACCUCUUGGAAGGAUGCAGAUGACCCCUCUCCGGGGAACUUCACCUGCGGGAUCGAUGCAGACCCCUUUCUUCAGCUCAUCACAUGGAGAGGUUCAGAGAUCUACAGCAGGAGCCAAGCGUGGGGAAGUAGUGUAUUCACCACGUCCUCUCUCGGGCUAAGCUCCAACUCUGCGCUAUACUUGACAACGGUAGUCGAUGAAGACGAGCUUCUACUCACACUAACUCUACCAGAUUCAUCACUCUACACUAGGUACACACUGAACCAUGCUGGGCAGCUGCAACUCCUGAGUUGGAACUCCGAAUCGAAAUCUUGGCGAAUCAUUACGUCCAAGCCAACCAGCUGCCAAGUCUAUGGAUUCUGUGGUCAAUUUGCAUAUUGCGAUGACAAUGAACCAGUGCCAGUUUGCAGGUGUUUGGAAGGAUUCGAGCCCAAGUUGAAGAGUGCUUGGGAAGGUGGCAAUUAUUCGGAUGGUUGUUCGAGAACGAGAGCUUUGCGCUGCAGAGAGGGGUAUGACUUCCUCCAAGUGACAAGGAUGAAGUUGCCAGACAAGUUCAUAUUUUUGACAAACAAGAACAUGAGUGAGUGUAGGUCUGAGUGCAUGGAAAAUUGUUCAUGUACUGCUUAUACUUAUAGCAAUUUCAAUGUGGGGAACAAGACGAUCCAAAGGUGUUUGGUUUGGAUGGAAAACAUGAUUGAUGCAGAGGUAUUGAGAAGCAGGGGACAAGACUUGUAUUUGAAGCUUAUGAACUUGAAUUCAGGUACACCCGGUGGCAAGAGCAAUAAAAAGAAGAUAGUCAUUGAGGUAUCAGUUUUGGCAGCAAUCUUUUCCUUGGCUUGUGUCUUUGCUUCAUGGAAGUUCUAUGAGAAAACAACACUAAGUGAUUCGAGUUUGAGUCAUAUCUUUCAGAACCAUUUGUCUGAUUCUAAAGAAUUUAUAGAAGGGGAGACAAGUGAAGCUCCAGAACUGCCAUUGAUUAAGUUUGAAAGCCUGGUUCUCGCCACAGACAAUUUCUCUCAUUCAAAUAAGCUCGGACAAGGAGGCUUUGGUAUAGUUUACAAGGGCACGCUUCCUGGAGGCCAGGAGAUUGCAAUUAAAAGACUCAUGAAAGGAUCUGGACAAGGAUUAGUAGAGUUUAAAAAUGAGGUCGUUUUGAUUGCUAAGUUGCAGCAUAAGAACUUAGUCAGGCUACUUGGUUACUGCAUUCAUGGAGAAGAGAAAUUACUAGCUUAUGAAUACAUGCCCAACAAAAGCUUGGACCUCUUCCUAUUUGAUCCCACGCAAAAAACUAAGCUCGAUUGGGGGAAGAGAUUCAACAUAAUCAAAGGAAUCGCACGAGCACUUAUGUAUCUUCAUCAAGAUUCAAGGUUACGGAUUAUUCAUCGCGACCUUAAGGUCAGCAACAUUUUGCUUGAUAAGGAUAUGAAUCCCAAGAUAUCUGAUUUUGGCAUAGCGAGAAUCUUUGGAGGAAACCAGAAUGAAGCCAAUACAAAUAGAGUGGUUGGAACUUAUGGAUAUAUGUCGCCGGAGUAUGCAAUGCAAGGACAUUUUUCGGUGAAAUCCGAUGUCUACAGCUUCGGAGUAUUGCUUCUAGAGAUUGUGAGUGGCAUGCGGAUUAGUAGCUUUCAUCUUGUCAUGGACUUCCCCAAUCUCCUCGCUUAUGCAUGGCAACUAUGGAAUGAAGGCAACACAAGGGACUUCAUUGAUCCUUCGAUCGUAGACUCAUGUUGCCUAACUGAAGCAUUAAGAUGCAUCCUUGUGGGUCUCCUAUGUGUGCAGGAUGACCCGAGUGAUCGAUCAGCCAUGUCGUCGAUUGUUUUUAUGCUGGAAAAUGAAUCCACAAUCUCUUGUAAACCUAAAGAGCCAACAUUUUCUACCAAAAGAAACAUUAAUCUGGACAGAAAUGAUCCAUUAGACGAAAAGUUGGAGAUUUGCGGUAUCACCAUCACAACUUUAGAAGCUUCGGCAAAUGAUUGUGCAACACUUUGUUGUUUCUUGGAUAACCAUGAGAUCAUUGCUGAACCAAAAGAGAAACAGUAUCCCGAGGUCCUUUUCAUGUCGUCUAAGGAUCCACCGAGAUCACUAUCACAGAAGCAUGAACUCGAAGAAGCUACAAAAAAAAACAGCUUUCAGAACCAGAUGGAGAAAGAGAAGCGGUCUCUGCUCAUCCACACGAUCUUCCUCCUUUUGCUUGUAGAUCCAAUCCUUUGUGAUUCAAAUGACAGACUAACUCCCGGUCAAUUCAUGCCUUCCAAUGGCACCUUGAUCUCAGACGGCGGCGCCUUCGUUCUGGGCUUCUUCUCCCCGAAGACGACCACCGGCAGCAGCGACCUCUAUCUUGGUGUCUGGUACAACCUCCCUCAGAGGACCGUCAUAUGGGUCGCCAACAGAGAUAAAGGCGUCCCGUCCGCGACUCUCCUCUUCUCCAACGACGGCGACCUGCUCGUCGUCGAUACCGAAGGAAGCACCUCCUGGUCGUCGAAUUCGUCAGGGAAUGGAGCAGUGGCGCUGCUGCUGAACACAGGAAAUCUGGUGAUCAGAGACCACGACAACAAUGUCGUAUGGCAAAGCUUUGAUCAUCCGACAGACACCCUUAUGCCGGGCAUGAAUCUUCGGUUCAGGUUCAGAGAUCGCUCCAGCACUCUCUUCACCUCUUGGAAGGAUGCAGAUGACCCCUCUCCGGGGAACUUCACCUGCAGGAUCGAUGCAGACCCUUUUCUUCAGCUCAUAACACGGAGAGGUUCAGAGAUCUACAUCAGGAGCCAAGUGUGGGGAAGUAGUUUAUUCACCACCUCUCUCGGACUAGGCUCCAACUCUGUGCUAUACUUGACAACGACACCCACUGUAGACGGACUUCUACUCAAACUAGCUCUAUCAGAUUCAUCACCCUACACUAGGUACACACUGAACCAUUCUGGGCAGCUGCAACUCCUGAGUUGGAGCUCCGAAUCGAAAGUUUGGCAAAUCAUUACGUCCACGCCAACCAGCUGCCAAGUCUAUGGAUUCUGUGGUCAAUUUGCAUAUUGCGAUGACAAUGAAACAGUGCCAGUUUGCAGGUGUUUGGAAGGAUUCGAGCCUAAGUUGAAGAGAGCCUGGGAAGGUGGCAAUUAUUCGGAUGGUUGUUCGAGAACGAGAGCUUUGGGAUGCGGAGAGGGGUUUGACUUCCUCCAAGUGACAAGGAUGAAGUUGCCAGACAAAUUCAUGUUUUUGAGGAGCAAGAACAUGAGUGAGUGUAGGUCUGAGUGCAUGGAAAAUUGUUCAUGUACUGCUUACGCUUAUAACAAUUUCGAUGUGGGGAACAGGACGAUCCAAAGGUGUUUGGUUUGGAUGGAAAACAUGAUCGAUGCAGAGGUAUACAGAAGCAGGGGACAAGACUUGUAUUUGAAGGUUAUGAACUUGAAUUCAGGUACAUCCGGUGGCAAGAGCAAUAAAAAGAAGAUAGUCAUUGAGGUAUCAGUUUUGGCAGCAAUCUUUUCCUUGGCUUGUGUCUUUGCCUCAUGGAAGUUCUAUGAGAAAACAACACUAAGUGAUUCGAGUUUGAGUCAUAUCUUUCAGAACCAUUUGUCUGAUUCUAAAGAAUUUAUAGAAGGGGAGACAAGUGAAGCUCCAGAACUGCCAUUGAUUAAGUUUGAAAGCCUGGUUCUCGCCACAGACAAUUUCUCUCAUUCAAAUAAGCUCGGACAAGGAGGCUUUGGUAUAGUUUACAAGGGCAUGCUUCCUGGAGGGCAAGAGAUUGCAAUUAAAAGACUCAUGAAAGGAUCGGGACAAGGAUUAGUAGAGUUUAAAAAUGAGGUCGUUUUGAUUGCUAAGUUGCAGCAUAAGAACUUAGUCAGGCUACUUGGUUACUGCAUUCAUGGAGAAGAGCAAUUACUAGCUUAUGAAUACAUGCCCAACAAAAGCUUGGACCUCUUCCUAUUUGAUCCGACGCAAAAAACUAAGCUCGAUUGGGGGAAGAGAUUCAACAUAAUCAAAGGAAUCGCAAGAGCACUUAUGUAUCUUCACCAAGAUUCAAGGUUACGGAUUAUUCAUCGUGACCUUAAGGUCAGCAACAUUUUGCUCGAUAAGGACAUGAACCCCAAGAUAUCUGACUUUGGCAUGGCGAGGAUAUUUGGAGGAAACCAGAAUGAAGCGAACACAAAUAGAGUGGUUGGAACUUAUGGAUGUAUGUCACCGGAGUAUGCAAUGCAAGGACACUUUUCAGUGAAAUCCGAUGUCUACAGCUUCGGAGUAUUGCUUCUGGAGAUUGUGAGUGGCAUGCGGAUUAGUAGCUUUCAUCUUGUCACGGACUUCCCCAAUCUCCUCGCUUAUGCAUGGCAACUAUGGAAUGAAGGCAACACAAGGGACUUCAUAGAUCCUUCCAUCGUACACUCAUGUUGUCUAACUGAAGCAUUAAGGAGCAUCCAUGUGGGUCUCCUAUGCGUGCAGGAUGACCCGAGUGAUCGAUCAGCCAUGUCGUCAGUUGUUUUCAUGCUGGAAAAUGAAUCCACAAUCUCUUCUAAACCAAAAGAGCCAACAUUUUCUACCAAAAGAAGCAUUAAUCUUGACAGAGAUGAUCCAUCAGCUGAAAACUUGGAGAUUUGCAGUAUGACCAUCACAACUUUAGAAGGCCGCUAGAGUGCAAACUCAUCGUCGUCCUCGAACUGUGUUCGUCGCAGAUAUUUGAAGUCAGACUACAUGGAUUUUAACUUUGAUGUUUCUUUUCAAAUUCCAGUAGUAGAGACUGUACUUGCUUAUAUCUGAUUUCAAUUGUGAUUGGUAGAGAUCAAAUUUAAUGUGAUUUAGAAGCAAAGCUAAUU